UUCUUUCCCUCCCCGUCCGACCCCGUCUGAUACAGGGGUACUGGGACCUCAUCCUGCGUCCGGAGCUUCCCAGCGAGACGUAAGUCCUUCCUGGAGAGGAGAAUGAAUUUUCCCCUCGGCUAUUUUAUCUCUCAGCGCCUCUGCACUGGGAGCUGGAGCUGGGGCAAUGCAUGGCACAGUCUGGGGUUGGCUCUGGGGCUGUGUCCUGUGGGAUAAGAGGAGAGGGGACAGCCCUGCCAUGGUGUCCCCACAGGUGGGAUGAAGGGGCCACUGUGGGUCAGGGAGAUGCCAGGGCUGUUUGUAGAUGAGAAGCGGGGCAAGGGGAGCGUGGGGUUCAUAUAGGGGGAGGUUUGGAAGAUUAUGGGUGCUUUCCCAAAGGAAAAGCUUUGGCUGAGGCAGGAUGGGGGUGCUGAGCUGUAGUGAUCGGCAGAGUCUUGUAACCCUGAUGGGAAGAGAGAAUCGGGCUCAGGAGCAGCAGAGGGUUUGGGAGAACACCCGGUGAACUGCCACGUCUCCCGCAGCCAUGAAUCCCUACAUCAACUGCUCCAGCCCUGAGCUCUCCCUGUCCCAGCGAGACUUCCCUAUGGAGCCCCCCAGCCCCGACCUCUGCAACAGGACUCACCCUGAUGCUUUAUUCGACCCCAAAGAUGCCAACCUGACGGAGGAGCAGCUGCGACAUAAAUACUUAGGGCCUCGCAGAUCCAACUUCUUCAUCCCUGUCUGCGUGAUCUACCUGCUGAUCUUUGCUGUGGGGGCAGUGGGCAACACACUCACCUGCAUCGUCAUCCUCCGGCACCGCUUCAUGAGGACGCCCACGAAUUACUACCUGUUCAGUCUGGCUGUGUCUGACCUGCUGGUGCUGCUGCUGGGGAUGCCGCUGGAGCUGUACGACAUGUGGAGCAAUUACCCCUUCCUGCUGGGGGCUGGGGGCUGUUACUUCAAGACGUUGCUCUUUGAGGCCGUCUGCUUCGCUUCCAUCCUCAACGUCACCGCCCUGAGCGUGGAGCGCUACAUUGCCGUGGUGCACCCACUCAAAGCUAAGUAUGUGGUGACCAGGAACCACGCCAAGAGGGUCAUCAUCACCAUCUGGGUGGUGUCAGUCAUCUGCUCCAUCCCCAACACCAGCAUCCAUGGGCUGCAACCUCUCUAUGUGCCUGGCCGGGGCCGCGUGCCUGAUUCGGAGAUUUGCACCCUGGUGAAGCCACGCUUGACCUACAAUCUCAUUAUCCAGAUCACCACUAUCGUCUUCUUCUUCCUGCCCAUGGGGACCAUCAGCAUCCUCUACCUGCUCAUCGGCCUGCAGCUCAAGAAAGAAAAGAUGCUGGAGGCCCUGGGAGCCAAGUCCAGUGGUGACAGCGACUAUCACAGAGUCCGGGGACAGAAGAAGGUGAAGAGGAGGCAGGUCACGAAGAUGCUGUUUGUGCUGGUGGUGGUGUUUGGGAUCUGCUGGGCCCCCUUCCACACCGAUCGUCUCGUCUGGAGCUUCAUUUCCACCUGGACUGGCCCCAUGCUCCACAUGUUCCAGUACGUCCACAUCAUUUCAGGCAUCUUCUUCUACCUGAGCUCGGCUGCCAACCCCAUCCUCUACAACCUGAUGUCCACCCGCUUCCGUGAGAUGUUCAAGGAGGUGAUGUGCCACCCCGGCCAGCACCCGCCAGGCUCAUGCAAGCACUCACCCAGCAUCACCCACACCACCACCCGCAGCACUGAGUGUGAGCCCAUGCCCAGUGCCAAUGGGCUGCCCCUCUCUGAUGCUGAGGAGUACGAGAUGGAGGAGAUGGAGGAGAUGGAGGGUGGCCAGGCUGUCACACACGCCACAUCCCUCUGCUGAACAGCAAGAGGACAUGGAGGAAUCAAAACAGCUUCUCCACCGUAUCGUCAGCAUCACCAUCACCACAGCAUCCGUCUGCAAGAUGGAGGGGAGCAAUGGGGCCGUGCAUCACCGUGCUGUUCCACCAGGAGCAGGGCUGGUUCUCCAGGUGUGCUGCCAGGCUGCUUGUUUUGGCUGCUCCAGGGACACAGUGACCAUCCCUUGCCUCACUAUGCCCAGGUUGCAUUGCAUCAUCUGCGCUCAGCACUGGGGCCAGACAAAGCCAGGACAUCAUGUUGUCACAGGGGCCCCCUCAUUCCCACCCUGCAUGAGCUGUUCCUCACCCAAGAAUCACAGAUCAGAGCCAUUCUUCCUCAAUUCGUGCCUAGUUGCAUUCCCUGGGACUCAGACCUGUCCCCAGCACGCAGCCAUCUUCCCAUGUGCUGACAACUAUAAUGGGCACCAUCCCUUCAUUCCCCUCCUGCAUAUCCCCACAUCUUUGUGCAAUAAAGUUGCUGGGGAAGGUGAUGAUGCCCAAAAUGUGCCACCAGGCCUUGAUGGCUUUCCAGGGUCUUUGCUCACUUGAUGCAGGGAAGGUGUGAGUGGGACACACAAUGCAUGGGGCCGCCCCAGAAUGGAGAUGAUCAAUCUGUCCCCAGACAUGCUGCUGGGAAAAUGUCACAAAAUGCCACGGCAGGUGGGCAGGCAGGCUGGCUCCCCCCGGCUGGAGGGGCUGAUCGAUUUGCUGUCUGGGAUCGAUGCUGCUGCCAUCCUGGUGCGCACAGGAUCCUCCCACAGGAUGGAAUAUCAGCACUCCAAAAUGCCUCCCCAUGGCUAUCAGAGCAGGCUGAGCUGCUUCUUACACAACUUUCCCACCCCAAUUUUCCCCCAGCCAGGACGUGUGCUCACAAACUCCCUCCUGUGCCCUGCUGACUCAGCCCCAGCUCACAGCCCCUGUCCCAUUGGCAAAGCAUUUCCAUUUGGGGUCCUGUUGUGCAGAUGAA